GUCGGACUUUUAGUUUUCAGUAGUCUCGUGGCCGUAUCGCCGGUGCGGUGUGCGUGCGUGUCUGAUCGUCGGCGUGUUCCGUGUCUCGCUACGAGUUUUCGGCGCUCGUUUUCCGAUCAUUUUUUUAUUUUUCGUCGCGCCCCGUUUUCCGAAAACGCCCGUCCGUCCGUUCCUUCUCGCUUCGGGACCCCCACGCUAAAGUGCUCUCCGCCGCGCGUGCCGACAGUUUUUUGUUUUCGCGGCCGUCGUCUGCACAGAUCGCCGCCACCGACACGCACCUCCCCGAUGCCGGCGCACGCGGUUCCGGCGGCACCUCAGUCGCUGCCGCUGUUGCUGCCGCCGCCGCCGCCCGUCCAAUACGCGCCCGCGGAACCGCGGUUCCGGCGGUGCGUCCGCAAGUUCUUCGCGCACCUGUUCAGCAACUUGGGCCUGUUCGGACUGGUGGCCGGUUACGUGAUCGUCGGCGCGUUCGUGUUCCGCUUCCUGGAGGCCGGCAACGAGCGGCAACAGCGCGACCGCAUCGGCCGGCUCAAGAACGACUGCCUGGGCGAGCUCUGGAACAUCACAGUGAGAAUGCACGUGUUACACGAAUUAAAUUGGACGAAAUUAGUAUACGAACCGCUGCACAAGUUCGAGACACAGAUCAUAUCAACGAAAAACAUACAAGGAUACGACAGCAAAAACACGGAACAGUGGUCAUUAACAGGCGCAUUAUUAUACUCGGUCACAGUUAUCACAACGAUCGGCUACGGUAAUUUGGCACCAAAAACACCAGAAGGCAAAAUCGUAACUAUGGUCUACGCAUUAUUCGGCGUGCCGCUAAUGUUGUUGUGCAUAUCAAAUCUGGGGUCCCUGUUGGCCGGCACUUUCCAGUUCGCAUACUCCCACUCGUGCUGUUUCUCCAAGAGAAAAUCGGGAAAUCGACGAGAUAAGUCAUCGAAAAAAUCUUCGUCAACAGUAGGUACGGGGUCAGUGCAACACACUCCACCAUCCCCACAACAGUAUAACACAAGCCACAACCAAAGGGCAGAACUGUCGCCGAAAUCACGAAAACAACAAAUAGGUGGCAACGGAGGAAAACCGGUGUACCGUUUGACGUCCGAAGCCAAACAUGUUCUGUGUGAAUGCGCCGAAUAUCAACUGGCCAACUCACCAACACACGACCACGUGGCAGCACACAUCCUCAGACAACUGGGCGAUCGUCCGAACUUGCCAACAACGGCAGCGAAACACGAAGAAUACGCGUACGACGACGGUGUCGGCGAUGACGACAACAGCGAGGACUGUUACCAGUGCCAAAUGUACAGUGGAGCGCACGGGACGCCCAGCCGACUGCCACUGCUUAGCGGCAACAACCGUCAACAGCAGCGGCGGCGCGGCGGCGGGGACAAGGACCGGCGGCACAACGCCGCGGCCACCGCCUCGGAACACUAUCGCCGCGAGAUGGCCGCCGCAGCCGCCGCCGCCGCGGCCGCAGCGGUGGCCGCGACCAACAGCAAGCGGCCGAACAAACGGCGGAACGGCGCCCCGCCCGGAGUGCCGGUGGCCCUGGUGCUGCUCGUGUUGGCCGGUUACAUCUGCCUGGGCGCGGCCGUGUUCGCCGCCUGGGAGGGCUGGACGUUCAUCGACGGCGCGUACUUCUGCUUCGUCACGCUGUCCACGAUCGGGUUCGGCGACCUGGUGCCGGGCAAGUCGUUCCAGGGCACCGACACGCAGAACGGUCAGCUGCAGCUGGUCGCGUGCUGCGGUUACCUGCUGUUCGGCCUGGUCCUGAUCGCCAUGUCGUUCUCGCUCGUCCAGGAGGAGGUGGUGUCCAAGUGCCGGCACGCCGCCCGCUACGUGGGCCUACUCAAACAGCCGCCCCGGCCCGGCACGCAGCCGUACGCCCUGUAAAAUGGCUGGCUACAGCACGGCCGGACCUGCACGCGCCCGCAGCCCGCAUCGUCCUAAGCCCGCGCCCGUAUAUCGACCUUUACUGCAUUUGAAAACAAAAACCGAUCAGAACGUUUGAAAAAAUGUCCAAAACAUCGUUGUGGUGAGCGCUUUACCCGUAAAGCAUCCGAACCGAAAGUGUCCACGUCACAAUAUUUUACACCCGACGAGUACAGAACGAUAUCCCUUACUGCUUUCGAACGAUUGCGUCAAACGAAACCAAUAAGUAUAUAAAAUAAAUAGCCUUUUUUCCGUAUAGCACCGUUCGUGCCGACUCGUGUUGGACGUCCAAAAUUUGAAUUUUCCGUGACACUUUCCGAUUUUUCUCAUUGGGGAGUGUGUGCGUAAAAAAUGAUAUAAACACACUAUCGAACGCGUUAAACGACAAUAUAAUAUUAUAUUAAAACGCGAUGUACAUUUGCACCUUCAAACCGUACCCGAGACAAAAUCUCACUCGAUCGAUCGUUAUACCGUAUACCAUACCCAUAAUAAUAUUAUAAUAUACUAUUAUUAUUAAUGCUAAUUUUAUCAUUUAAAAACCCGCGACGUUAGCUCGACGGACGAGUCCGUACACCUUGAACUCUCCUACAUAAUAAUAUACAUACGUACGGUACGUACGACGGUCAUAUAAAAAUACCACAGACGAAUAUAAGUUCCUACACGAUAUAGCAGGUAAAAAUUAUCCCCAAGUAUGCAUAUGGAAGUUCCUAGAGGGCAAAAAAUAUUUAUACAACGUAAUAGUUCCUACGCGAAAAAAAUGCAUAAGUUAAUUUUUAGAAAUUUUUCCUUUUUCACUGUACAUCAUAUUAUAAGAAAUUACGUUCAUGUGUAAUGUUGGCAGUGUUACUUCGAUUAGUAAUCAGUGAGUACUGAAUUCAACCAGUGGAUUUCCAUUUAUCUAAUCAUAGUUGAGUAAAUAGUAAUCGUGUUAUAUCGCUGCGUAGGGAAUUAUACACGUCAGUGUAUUUUUGUUCGUGUAGUAACUUACAUGUAACCUAAUAUGUUUCGAGUGAGAACUUACCAAGCCCCAAAAAUACAAUCCCAACGACAACCGAUUUUUUUCUUACCUUUUUUUUUACUCGUUUUCUCUAUCGCCGUGUUUGUGGAUAUGUGUGCAAUCUAUCAAUCUUUUAAACGCGCACAUACGGGUGGUAUCUAGCUGCAGUUGAGUAUGCCCGAAACGAACACACCUGUUGGCAUGGGGCUUAAUCUGAAUGCGUAUAGGUUUUUGAAUCAUCUCCAUAUCAUUAGUACAUUAUAUUAUAACCUACUCGAACAUAGUUUCCGAACGCCGUUGUUGCAAUUCAGCUAUUUGUUUAAAAGUUUUGACAAACGAAAUCACUUAAACGUCGUAAUACCUAUUAUUUAUAUAAUUACAAUAAUACCAUAUUGUUUUGACACGCCAUGCAGAUAACUGGAAAAUGUUAGUCCAACUCAAAUAGAAUAUUAAUACUAUUUCGGCAACCCAAAGACUAAGUAACUAAUAUUUUUACCAGCACAUAACCCGCUACUGUUAUAGGUACUACAUAUUAUUUGCGUUCUAUAACCGUUGCCCAGUUCAAAACUAAACACGCCUGCUUGACAUUUUUCUGCGAAUGAAAAAAUACAUCACCCACACCGUUGCAAACGACGUUUAUAAGUUUAAAAAAAGUUGAUUUAUUAUAUUAUUGUGUUUUGUUGACGUUUCAAAACGAGUUUUAUUCUUUAUGUAUAAAUAUUAUUAAACUGAAAUAGAUGACUUUUAUUUAAUCCCGCAUCAAACAAAAAUCGAAAAACCACGUACCUUUAUAAAAAUGUCAUUUUCUAGUCAAGUGUACCUAUAUUCGUAUAAUUAUUAUAUUAUUGAAAAUGUAUAUUAUUUUAAGUAUAAAUUAUUAUUUUUAACUAAAUAUUUAUACAUAUUAUAAUACCAUUAUACCUAUUAUAUAAGCUAUAAAUAUUAUACUAUAAAAUAUGUUAUAUGAUAAUAUCUUGUAACCUUAUAUAUUUCGUGAAAACGCAUUGUAAACGUUUUCAAUUAUCUAAAUUGAUAAAGUUGUAAAUAAAAUAUGUUUUAUUUUAAACUAGCUGAUCCUGCACGACUUUAUCUGUAACAAUGUCCGUGAAUCUACUCCUUUUUAAACUCCGCGGUCAAAUGUAAACUACAUAUAUUUUUACCGUAAUGAUUUUGGCGGUUCUAUCACAUAAUAUAAUAUAAAGGUCUUAAAAAUUGAAUGCAAUUAUUAUAAUAAGUAAUAACUAUUUUGUUUCAUGAAACAAAUGGCAACCGUGUAUAAAUAAAAUAUAUUUUUUUUUUGUGAACCAACAAACCACUGCGUGAACUUUUUAACAUUAAAAAUUUUAAAAAUUGCUUUGAGAUGCACAUCUUUGGUUAUAGGACUGAAUGCACUCGGGAAUCUCGCUAUACUAUUAAAACAGUAGAUAUUUAAGUACAUUUUAAAAAGCGUAUAAUAUUAUAAUUUAUUUACAUAUAUAAUAUGCAUUAUCAAUUGCGCAUGUACAAUAAUAUAUUUGUGCUUUCCGUACAUGUGGAUAUAACUAAUAUCACAUACAUAAUAUUGUUAAUCAACCACGUCGAUCACUUAUUAUUUUGGAAUCAUGCGGUAGAUCAUAAAUCGUG